AUGGAGGUCGAUCCCCCGGCUCGACCCAACUUCCUAACGACGAAGGACGACGGACAGCUCACGGUUCCGGUCUAUUCCGGCCACUUGUUCGAGUGGUGGCAGCAGCAGCGGCUCGCCGGCGAUGAGCGCGUCGGACGGCCUCCCAAGCUCCGUCAUCGGAAGGACGGGGAUCUUGUGCGUCAACGGUCUGGAAUCGUCGUCGACGAGCUCAAGUCCCUGUCCCUCGUCGACACCGCCCGCGCCGUCAGCGAGAAAUGUGGUUACUAUCGCCACAGGAUGAAGUACCCUUGUCCUCGGACCCGUCGCACGCCGGCCAGCUGGCUGCAAGCGGUCUACCCCUGGCGCUCGGAGGUUCAAUCGUCGAACGAGGCACAUUUCCCCUCGCCCCCUGCAGUUCUCGCCGCGCGCGCUUCCUCCGCUCCUCCUCCUCCGCCCCCAUCCUCCUUCGCCAACGUCAACAUUCCGCGGAAGACGUUCAAGAACUCCGGUGGCCCCUCGUCUGAUGGCACGACGGAUGUGCACCAAAUGUUCACCUUCCUGGCUCUCAUCGAGUGCCUAGAAGCGACCGUCAUCGCCGGCUACCACGCGGACUCUCCCGCGGACGUCGACGCCCCCGCGAUCGUCGACGGCCUCGUCGCCGCCGUCAGCGCCGCGCUCCGGGUGCGCGUCGGCAGCGUCUUGUCCUGUCUCAUCGUGGACCCCCCGUGCGCGGCCGAGGCGUUCAUGCGUGGGCUUGGCCUGGACGCGUUCGCGCGCCGGCUGUGCCCUACUUGCCCCGUGCUGCAGACCGUCGUCGUUCUGCUUGGCGGGGUGCGCGGGUGCGCGAACGAGCGGGUGCAACUCGGGGAACAGUGCACGGAGUUCGAGCUGUAUGCCGAUAGGAUGGGCAAUCUUGGGCACCGGGCAUGCGCGACCGCGCUCCGCGCGACGCACCUCGCACUCCUACAAACGGAAGCCAAGGAAUGCUGGGGUGCGUCCCUGCGCUACCCCAAGAUUAACCAAGUCGACCCCUCGCUGCCAUCCAAAUCAUACCUCGACCUCAUCGCACCACUCUCCCGCCGGAAGGCAAGCCUCCUCAUCCAGCUCCGCACAGGGCAUAUCCCCCUACACGCCCAUCUCCACCGCAUACGCCGCGCGGACACAGAUAUAUGCCCGGCGUGUGGGGCAGGGGCCGAAACGGUGACGCACUCCCCCAGCUUUUCGCCUAUAUCGACGCAACGGAACACCUACGGCAGACUUUCGGAGCUCUCGACAACCCUGAAGACAACACCCCCGACGCUCCGCGCCGUCUUUCAACCCCUGCAAUCCGUCAAACAAGCCAUCGCACAGCACUACCCCGACAACCUCCGCGCCGACCUCGCGCACCGGCUCGGCAACAACAGCGCACCUCCUCCACCACGCGCCCACUGGCCCGCCCGCCUCGCGCUGGAAACCGGUAGACACACUUAUGCAGUUGGACUGAACUUUCGCCCUCCCGAAUCCCAACCCUCCCCCUCGCGCAUCCUGUCUCCUGUUUCGUACCCCUGA